AUGAUGGCGGCGCUCAUGAGAAGCGUGCUGCGCUGUAGCCGGCUGGGUUUGGUUCAGGUUCCUGGGACUAUACAGGUGAAGCGGGAUGUGCGGGCCCUGAGGAGGACGCCGGUGAGGGUUAUUCCCCCGGCCAGAGAGUUCAGGCCGCAGAAGGAGCAGAAACAGGACAGGGGCAGCCUGCAACAGGAGAACCAAAGGUAUCCACAAGAGAGGGGGGCCCUGACACAGGAGGAGCAGAGGUAUCCACAGGAGAGGGGGGCCCUUCCACAGAAGGAGCAGAGGUAUCCACAGAAGUGGGGGGCCCUGACGAAGAAACAGAGGUAUCCACAGGAGAGGGGGACCCUUCCACAGAAGGAGCAGAGGUAUCCACAGGAGAGGAGGGCCCUGAUGAAGGAGCAGAGGUAUCCACAGGAGAGGGGGGCCCUAACACAGAAGGAGAAGAGGUAUCCAGAGGAGAGGGGGGCCCAGACACAGAAGGAGAAGAGGCAUCUACAGGAGAGGGGGGCCCUUCCACAGAAGAAGAGGUAUCCACAAGAGAGGGGGGCCCUUCCACAGAAGGAGCAGAGGUAUCCACAGGAUAGGGUGGCCCUGACACAAAAGGAGGAGAGGGGUAGCCAGGCACAGGGGAGGGUGACCUUGGCACAGCAGAAGGAGCAGGCACACCAUCAGCUGGUCAAUGAGGACAUGAGCCAGAUGAAGGACACAUCAGAUGAUCAGGAGGUACCUGAACAGGCCCUUCCAGUGGAGCUGAAAUACGAGAGAGCCCGCUCUGGAGAUAACCGACUCGGCAAAGUCGUUUCAGUAGCAAAAUCCAAAUCUUUUCGGGAUCGUCAUGGACAGGUGUUACUGGAAGGCCAGAGGCUGCUGCUGGAUGCUAUGGAGGCUGGAGCCAUUCUACAUACAUUGUUCUUCAGUAGAGUUGAUCAGUUAAAAGCAUUGCCUACCGAUAAACUCCAGAAAGCAAACCUUGUCAAAGUAAAAUUUCAAGACAUCAGUAUGUGGUCUGAUGUUGUUACCCCCCCCCAAGGAAUCAUAGGAAUUUUUAGAAAACCUGAUCACGUAAAGAUGACAUUUCCUGAAACACAACUGAAGAACACGUUACCACUUUCUCUCAUAUGUGACAAUAUCCGCGAUCCUGGAAACCUGGGAACUAUACUGAGAUCUGCAGCAGGGGCGGGCUGUAACAAAGUAUUGCUCACAAAAGGUUGUGUUGAUGCGUGGGAACCUAAAGUAAUCCGAGCAGGCAUGGGAGCUCACUUUCGCUUGCCAAUUAUAACCAACUUAGAGUGGGACACAGUUAGUAACUACCUGUCUGAGAAUACCAAAAUCUUUGUUGCGGAUAACUACUGUCAGACUGUUCCUCAUGAGGAUGAGUUUACAUCUGGGAAAGCCAUUGACUACGGUUGGAUAUCCAGUGAUCCUAGUGAUGAGGAAGAUGAAGAACUGCACGAUAUUCCCAGAGUUGCUAUACAACAUUAUCACAAACAGUGGGCUAUGGGCCCUAGUGCACUUGUAAUUGGAGGAGAGACUCAUGGACUUAGUAUAGAGUCACUGCUACUGGCUGAGAAUUCAGGCGGAAGGAGGCUGUUAAUUCCAGUUGUACCUGGCAUAGAAAGCUUAAACUCUGCUAUGGCAGCUAGUAUUCUUUUGUUUGAAGGAAGAAGACAACUGCAGGUGAAAAGUUCCUAG